AUGAAGUACACUAAUGAAGUGUACGAGUGGUAUGUGGCGAAGGAGUUUCCUACGUUAGAUGGCCUGACUCCAAAACCUGUACGGAUUCGUCUUGUGCGGUUGUCCGGUUAUUCAGCAAUAUCGAUAGCUGCGGUGGUGAUAUGUGUGUUGAUUCCUUUGGUGAAUUAUCUGAAGUUGAACAAGCAAGCUUUUAGAUUGAAGCAUAAUUGGAGACAUCAUUUUCUAAGAAAUCGUAUAUGGAUCGAUAGGGUGCUGUUCUGUAGGCAUCAGUCGCUACGAAGUGGGUUUUUAUGGGCUAUAGUGGGUGCAUGUUGUACAUUUGUAUAUUGUAAUAAUGAUUUGGUGGUUAUUGCCAAACGACUUGGUCGAGUGUCAGUCGCAUUCAUGCCUCCAUUAUUCUUUUUGACAUUAAGGCCAUCCCCUUUACCACACACGUUAUAUUUGUCCCUUUUACCGUUACAUAAGUGGUUGGGAAGGGUGAUUGUGUUGCAAGCUACGGUGCAUGGUGCUUUGUAUAUUUGGUGGGAUUUAAAAUCAGGGAAUGUGCCCCAUCUAGUUGAGUUGGCGAAUAUUUGGGGGAUGUUAGUCACAGCUCUAUUUUUGAUAAUUGUAGUUAGUUCGUUGCCAUUUAUAAGGCGAUGGUGGUUUCCUGUGUUUUAUUAUAUUCACUAUCUGGGGACAUGGGCUACAGUGGUACUGGUACAGCUGCAUUCCCGACCUCCAGCGACUAUUUAUACUGCGGCAAGUGUGGCAAUAUUGUUGUUCCAAAUAUGGUACCGGGCAGUUAAUACAAAACACACUACGGUUACCAUUGUGCCAAUUUCGCCUUGUAUGUCCAUGAUGGAGUUCCCCAUGUCUGCUGUGGCUAAAACCCCAAUUUUGCCUGCAUCGCAUGUUCGCAUCAAUGUUUAUCCUACGGGACUAUUCAAACGGGUUCUGCAAUUUGCGGUGCCCCUUCAACAUCCUUUUACAUUAGCAUCAUUACCUACUGAUGACACAGUAAGGUUAAUAGUACGCCGCUCUAAAUUCCCUCUUAUUAACAAUGGGAAGUACCAUGUGACUGGGGCGAUUGAUCCAAAAAUUGAUUUCAUAUCCAAACCCAAGAAAUCUAGAGAUCAUAAUUCGCCCUUAUCUUCCCCAGCUUUGCAUCCUUUCCAAAUCCGAACGCCAUUUUUAAGGAAUUCUCCAUUGCAUUAUAUUGUUGAUGCCUCUAGGAUAUUGAUGGUUGUCGGAGGCAGUGCAAUAUCUUUUGGAUUACCGUUACUAAAUAUUUUAAACUUCAAUGGUGUUCACGUUAGGUUGAUUUGGGUAAGUCGAGAUUAUCGUGACCUCCGGGUUUUGAGCUACUUCAAGUGUAACUUCGAUGGGUUGGAAAUAUAUAUUACUGGUGUUACAGGUGAUGAACAAGAUCUCGAGAUUGAUUACGUAGAUUAUCAAGAAGCGGAAAACUUGAAUGUUCCUGGAGUUAAACCGCUGGAACAGAAGCCCCCUCUUGUUGGUUGUAUAGGUACCCCAGAGCUGACAAAAAAGGGUUCAUUAAUGGCAACGGUGAGUGCAAAUUAUGGUAGUAUUAGUCGUCGGAGUAUCAAUAAGGUUGACUUACAAAAUAAUUCUAGUAACCCUGGCACCAACUCCAUCUCACCUGUAAGAUAUCAAGAAUUGGUGGAUCAUGGAGAAAGUGACGGAAAUGAUGAAGUUGAUUUUACGGAAUUAUUCAGUUCUAAAAGAGGGAAGGGUCUCUCUUCUUUAGAACCAAAUACAGUUGACACAUUCUUAACAAAAGAAUCAGUAUUUCGUAAGCCUAAAUUAAUUGAUCCUCCGGAGUAUGAGGUAUUCGAAGAUGAUUUAGAACUAGGGGAAGAUGGUUCUAGAAAUAAUAAGUUGACUGUUCCUACUGGAGCAAAGUUAUAUUUUGGAAGGCCACUAUUGUCACCUCGGGACUAUCAUUGGUGCUUACAGAAGGACUGUGUUGGUCCCUCGGAGACGGGGCAGUGUUGCCAACCGAAUAAUGAAGACGGACUCCAUGUUGAUGAUUUGGCAAAGGUUUGGAUAAUUGCUGCGGGCCCACAGGGAUUGGUGAAUGCCACGCGCAGGUGGGCUAAUGAUGGUGGGCUACAUUUUCAUGAAGAGAGCUUUAGCAUUUAA